AUGAACGCCCAUGGAAACCAUGAAACCAAUUACGAGGUCUUCCGGGAAUGUCUCUCCAGCUGCAUCGUGGAUAAGUUCAACGAGAAACCCCCCAAGACCUCGAAGCGCAAAGCCCACAAAGCCAAACGAAACACCGUGAAGAAAGACGGCGCUGUCAAAAACAACACUCCUGAACCAUCGCCACCCAUCCCACCACCGUCAUCGUCAUCGUCAUCGUCACUAUCAGUUAGGGCAAAUCCUGAAGAUCUGGCUGAGUUCAUUGAUUUCAUCGCAUCAGAAACCUUCCCCUCCCUCCCCUCCGAUCUCCAAUCCCUCUCCUACUCCGCAGUCCAACACGACCCCCACCUUUCCAAUCGAUACCCAAGUCCCCUCCCUCGAUCUCUAAUCGACACCAUCACAGGCACCACCCCGGUCUCCGUCUCCGAAUCCCUUUCUGUCUACGGCCUCGUCCCGGAUGCUUCUGAUCUUCCCGAGUUCCUCUCCCCCGUCCUCAAUGAAUACAUAACCGGCGUGACGACAGGGCCGCCAGCUUGGGCUUCGACGCGUACGGAUGCCUGUGAGAUUUGCGAACGGGACUGGAUCCCGCUGUCGUACCACCAUCUUAUCCCGAGGGGUGUGCAUGCAAAGGUCGCGAAGAGGGGGUGGCAUGAUGAGUGGAUGUUGAAUAGUGUUGCGUGGUUGUGCAGGGCCUGUCAUAGCUUUGUGCAUCGGAUGGCUGGCAACGAGGAGCUGGCUCGAGAGUGGUAUACGGUUGAGAAAAUACUUGAAAGAGAGGAUGUACAGGAUUGGGCGAAAUGGGUGGGAAGAGUUAGAUGGAAGGCGACAUAG